AGUACAGUCUGCGCCCCCCACAGGCCAGAGCCCGCGCUGCCCGGGGCUGUGCGCUGUAGCUGCAGUGUUAGCUGAGUGUUAGCCUCACACACACAUAACAGUCAUGGCGGAGAAUGAGACCCUGGAGUGUAUAACGGAGCACGAGCGGAUUUUGCAGGAAAUUGAGAGCACCGACACGGCUUGUGUUGGUCCCACUCUUCGGUUGUCCGUCUGGCUGAACAGCUACACCAGGAGACUGCCGCACCACCCCCCAAAAAAAGAAACGGCAGGAGACAGCGCAAAGAAAGAGAUGGAGAAAUAUUUGAGAGACACGACUACAAUCCAGUCUGGCCCACUUGCAUGGUGGAAGCACAACAGUGACCGGUAUCCCAAACUGGCAUUUGCGGCCAAGUACUGCCUUUGCGUUCCGGCCACUUCAACCCCGUCAGAGCGCAUUUUCUCAAAGGCUGGCUACAUCGUGAACAAGACCAGAAGUUCACUUUUACCUGAGAAUGUGGAUAAACUCAUCUUCCUCGCACACAACAUGAAGAGAGUGUAGGUAGGCUGGCUUAAGGCUUAGUCAAAUGAAGCUUGCAACCUGAUUGUGAUUUAUUUGUUUAUUUGAAAGAUUGGAAAGAAAUUGUUCGUUUCUUGAAGUGUAUGCUACCUCCUACCUUGUUCUAUUUGUUACAGUUCGUUUUAUUCUAUAUAAAGCCAAGCCAUUCAUUUAUUUGUAUUUAAAUUGUUCGUUUAUUAAAAUGUGUGCUGCUGUUAUUAUAAUUGCGCUACCUUGUUUUAUUUAUUACAGUUCGUUAAUUAAUUUUUCGUUCUUCAUUUAAAUACUGUUUAAUGUAUCGGUAACAAGUAUUACACUGUUAGGCCUACUGUUACGGCUAUGUUAUUAAAAGUAUUGUUGUUAUAACAGAAAUAUGUGUUUUGUAUCUUUGUUUGACUCUUCAGGUUGUAAAACGUUAUAGACGGAAUUUGGAACCGGAUUUGGUCCCCGGGACCGUUCCGAAUAUUCGCUGUUGAUUACUACUGAAUAUCCGGAGACCAAAAAAUGGUAUUCGGGACAGCCCUAGUUACGACAACAUCGUGUUUAAUGGUGAGGGAUGCGUUU